UAUCGGGCUAUUCCUCUGAUUCUUCCGAUUGUUGUUGUGGUCGGAAGGACCACAUUUCGAAGACAAUUUCAUAUAAACAUGUCUGCCAAAGUGGACACCGUGGAGAGAAGUGAGUCAAGUACAAAAAGCAGAAGUAGUUCUCACAGCAGAGGAAGAGAAAACCGGAAACGAGCAAGAAGCCGAAGCCGAUCAUCCUCCUCCUCCUCAUCAUCAUCCUCUUCUUCACAGUCUUCAUCCAGCAGUUCAUCGUCACAUAGUAACUCCAGCUCCAGUAGCUCAGAUUCUUGCAAAAAACAAAGAAAAUCUUCGAAGAAAAGGAAAGAUACACAUGGCAAAAAGAAAGGAAAAAAAGAGAAGACACGUAAGCGGAAGAAGGAAAAGGGACACAAAGGGCAGGAAGACAGCUCUGGACCUGUUCAAAUUUCAAAGUAUCUGAAGGAAAAGAAGAAAACUGGCAAGUACAGUAUGAUUUCAGGGAAAAAGAUUAAAAUGAAAGUGAAAAAAUCAAAGAAGGACAAGCAGAGGGACAAAAACAGAGCGGAACUGCUGGAGUUCUUAAACUCCACUUUCUGAUUCAGUUCAUUAUUCACCUGGCCGCCACUCAGGGAAAGACCAUCUUCAACUAUUAAUGGGUUUGCCUGAUGUUAUACAUUGACAGUUCCUUACCAUAAACUAUGUGGAUGGUUGCCCUCUUUUUUUUUUUAAAUUCCAGACUGUGUCCUGAAAUACUUAUUUUAAGUCUGAUCCUAUGAGA